GAGAGGAAAAAAGAGAAGAAGCCUUUUUGGAAAUAGAGAGAGAAAAGGAGCUUUUUUUUUUUCAUAAAAAUUUGGUCCUUUUGGAUACAGGGUAUUGUGGGAGUCCUUUCAAAAUUUUUUUUUGUAUGUCUCUGCUAAUCCUGUUUUCAUAAACAGGUUUCUUGCUCACCUGGAGCUGUUUCAAGUAAGAAUGUUCAGAAUACCUAAACUGGCUAUGCAUAGAGCUUUCGAUCCAAUAGAGAAAGAUUUGUGACCAUAAUGGAUCCUCAGGCUUUCAUCAGGUUGUCAAUAGGCUCCUUUAGGCUGAGAAUUUCUGGAAAAACUUUAAGUUCUGCACAAUCUAGGCUCCAAGCAUUCUCUUCUCCAUGUUCAUGUGAGAUAUGACUUCGAGGUUUCCUUGUGCAAAUAAUAGUGGUCCCUUUAUUAUCCUCACCUGAAAUGGCACUUGAAAUUCACAGCAUUGCCUCAAAUUUUUAUCUUGAAGAAUCGGAUCUGAAAGCAUUACUGACACCUGGCUGUUUUUAUGCUAAUCAGGCAUGUCUUGAGAUUGCUGUUUUCAUAGGGAGAAAAGGAUCACAUUGUGGUGUUGGCAUCAAAAGGCAGUAGAUAGGAACAUUUAAGCUGGAAGUAGGCCCUAAAUGGGGUGAGGGGAUUCUUUUUAGUGGCUGGAUAGGUAUUGGCAAAAACAAGAAGGAGACUGGAAAACCUGGAGCUGAACUUCAUUUGAGAGUGAAACUAGGUCCUGAACCAAGAUAUGUGUUCCAGUUUGAAGAUGUGACCACAUCGAGUCCUCAGAUUGUUCAGCUGCAGGACUCAAUCAAGCAGCCCAUAUUCAGCUGCAAAUUUAGUCGAGACAAGCUAACCCGGGUAGAUCCCUUGAGUACGUAUUGGUCAAUUUUCGAUGAUGGUGCUGAUGUUGAAACAAAAAGAAGAGAACGGAAGGGAUGGAAGGUGAAGCUACAUGAUCUUUCUAGCUCGACUAUUGCAACAACCUUCAUAACAACUCCCUUUGUGCCAGCAACAGGUUGUGAUUGGGUUGCUAGGUCCAACCCAAGAGCUUGGUUGAUUGUUUUUCCAGAUGCUUGCAAGCCUGACAGGUGGCAGCCAUGGGGAAAGCUUGAGGUAUGGCGUGAAUGUGGCAUCAGAGACUCCAUUUGCUGCAGAUUUCACCUCCUGUCUGAAGGCUAGGAAGGUGGUGAGGUUCUUAUGUCUGAGAUCCUCAUCAGUGCUGAAAAGGGUACGAAAUUUUUCAUAAACACUGACAGGCAGUUGCGAACUACAGCAACUCCAAUACCAAGCCCACAAAGUAGGGGAGAUUUUUCAGGACUUGGUCCUAUUAUUGGUGGUUUUGUUAUGAGCUGUCGAGUGGAGGGGAAAGGAAACAACAAGCCAUUGGUUCAGUUGGCCAUGUGACAUGUAACAUAUGUGGAGGAUGCUGCAAUCUUUAUGGCACUUGCAGUUGUAGUUGAUCUUAGCAUUGUAGCUUGCAGGCCUUUUCAUAGAAAGCUCAGGAAAAGGUCUCGCCAUUCUUUAUGAAAAACACAAACUAAGGGGAUUGAUUUUCAUGAAUAAAGAAUGGCUCUAUUUUACUCUCCUUUUUCUUUCAUUAUUGUAAAAUUAGAAAUGUACAGGAACUUUUAUUUACCUUUUUCUAAAAUUAUCAACUCAAUCAUAUGGUACAACUUCAGCCAUGAAAACUAUGCCCAAGCAUCAUUUCCGGGACUUAAUGCUUAUGAAAAUAACUUGCUUU